UUCCUCAAUUCGCGAGUGAAUUAUAGAAUAAAACGGAGGAUAUAAAAGUCUAGCUGAAGACCUUAGAUUUUCCAGUCCUAUUUCAGACAGCCUGAGAGACACAUAAUCAUGGUUAAUCGUAACCCGGUCAUUAAGCACACAAAGAUCUUCAUCAAUAAUGAAUUUAUUGACGCCGCAAGUGGGAAGACCUUCCCGAGUAUCAAUCCAACCACGGAGACUGUUGUUGGACGAGUUUCUGAGGGCGACAAGGCUGAUGUGAGCAAAGCAGUUGCAGCGGCGAAGAAGGCGUUCGAACGUGGAUCGCCAUGGCGGACCAUGAGGCCAGCAGGUCGUGGUGUUCUCCUCCACAAGUUGGCGGAUUUGAUAGACCGCGAUGCAGAAGAAAUCGCGAGUAUCCAGACACUGGAGAACGGCAAGCCCUGGAAGAGCGCUCUCGGUGAAGUUGGGAUCACGUCAGCAAUCCUGAGAUACUACGCCGGUUGGGCUGACAAGAUUCACGGUCAAACGUCGUCAACAGACGAUAACAACAUGGUGAUGACUAGAAGGGAACCAGUAGGCGUUGUUGGGCAGAUAACACCCUGGAAUGGGCCAAUCGCCCUUCUCGCUUUCAAGUGGGGCCCAGCACUGGCAGCCGGUUGUACGAUCGUUCUCAAACCGGCUGAACAGACACCACUUUGCACCCUCCACGUGGCAGCAUUGACAAAGGAAGCUGGAUUUCCACCUGGUGUCAUCAACGUCGUUCCUGGGUAUGGGCCGACUGCUGGAGCCGCCAUCUCAGAGCAUCCGGACAUUAUGAAAGUUGCUUUCACAGGGUCUGUUGAAGUUGGGAAGAAGAUCAUGGUGGCGUCUGGUAACACAAACCUCAAACGCGUGACCCUGGAGCUCGGUGGAAAGAGUCCUCUCGUUGUCUUCGAUGAUGUCAAUGUUGAUAAGGCUGUUAAAAUUGCUCACGACGCCAUCUUCGCGAACUCGGGUCAGAUCUGCAUCGCAGCAUCACGAGUUUUCGUUCAAUCGAAGAUCUACGAUGAAUUUGUGAAGAAGUCCAAGGCAUUGGCAGUCCAGAGGAAACUGGGGGAUCCUUUUGAUCCUGCCACUGAACAAGGGCCACAGGUCGACGAUGAGAUAUUCGACAGGGUGAUGAGCUAUCUCAAAGCUGGGAAAGAGGAUGGAGCCACUUUGGAAGUUGGUGGAGAGAGAUUUGGGAAAGUUGGAUACUAUAUUCAGCCGACGAUUUUCUCCAAUGUCAAGGACAACAUGAGAAUCGCCCGAGAGGAGAUAUUCGGACCUGUACAGUCGAUUUUCAAGUUUGAUACUAUGGAAGAAGUUAUCAAACGAGCGAAUGAUACCACCUAUGGUCUUGGUGCUGGAGUUAUCACCAAUGAUAUCAACAAGGCACUCAUGUUCGCUCAGGCAGUUGAAUCUGGAAAUGUUUGGGUCAAUCAGUACGACGCCAUUUGCCCUCAAGCACCCUUCGGUGGAUGGAAGCAGUCCGGAAUUGGAAGGGAAUUAGGUGAAGAGGCAUUGGAUAAUUAUCUAGAGACAAAAUCAAUCCACAUAAGGCUGUCGUAAUAAUCGAACACAAGUCACACCCAGAUUACCUCUAUAAAUAAACGCUGUGGAAAAAUUUCCAACUACAACUGGAUUAAAAAUCGUUCAACAGGCCAUAUUCUGAUGAAACAUUUCGUUGCUUUGAAUAAUAAAUGCAGUAAUCAACAAGAUAAUUCCUUGUAAAUGAGUGUUGUUAUGUCUCUUAAUAAACUAGUAAUUUCCUGAGCAA